AUGGAGCUGGAGAGGCAGUGGUGGCGAGGACAGCUGGCCGCCGAUAUUCACCAAGCGCUGCGGUACAAGGAGCUGAAGUUGCCCUCCUACAAAGGCCAGUCCCCUCAGCUAAGUCUCAGACGGUAUUUUGCUGACCUGAUUGCCAUUGUGAGCAAUCGCUUCACUCUCUGCCCUUCUGCUCGCCAUCUUGCUGUGUAUUUGCUAGACCUGUUUAUGGAUCGCUAUGACAUCUCUAUCCAGCAGCUGCAUUUAGUUGCACUUUCCUGUCUUCUUCUAGCAAGUAAAUUUGAAGAAAAAGAAGAUAGUGUACCAAAGCUGGAGCAGCUCAACAGCUUGGGUUGUAUGACUAAUAUGAAUCUAGUAUUAACAAAACAAAAUUUGCUGCAUAUGGAACUAUUGUUACUAGAAACCUUUCAGUGGAACCUCUGCCUUCCGACAGCUGCCCAUUUCAUUGAAUAUUACCUGUCUGAAGCAGUGCAUGAAACAGAUCUUCACGAUGGCUGGCCAAUGAUUUGCUUAGAGAAAACCAAACUCUACAUGGCCAAGUAUGCAGAUUACUUCCUGGAAGUAUCUUUGCAAGAUUAUGCCUUUCUAAAUUAUGCACCUUCUUUAGUAGCUGCUGCAUGUGUGGCUUCUUCAAGGAUUAUACUUCGCCUUUCUCCAACGUGGCCUACAAGACUCCAUCGUCUCACUGCUUACUCCUGGGAUUUCCUAGUGCAGUGCAUUGAACGACUGUUGAUUGCUCAUGAUAAUGAUGUGAAAGAAGCAAACAAACAGAGAGGGCAAGCAGGACCUCAGUCAGCACAAUUAAGUGUGUUCCAGACAUCCUCCCAGCCCUCACGGCCGGUUCACUUUCAGCAGCCCCAGUAUCUCCAUCAGACGCAUCAGACUUCACUGCAGUAUCGCCAUCCUGUAUCAGAACAACCAAGCUGUCAGCAGAUUGUAUCUACUACACACACCUCAUCUUACACUUUACAGACAUGUCCUGCUGGCUUCCAAGCUAGUGUUCAGGGCCUUGGGCACGUGCAGACUGGUGUUGGGAUGUCACUAGCAAUACCAGUAGAAGUUAAGCCCUGCCUGAGUGUUUCUUAUAACCGGAGUUAUCAGAUAAAUGAACAUUACCCUUGCAUUACUCCAUGUUUCGAAAGGUGAUUAUGUGUGAAGGUAAUACCUGACCCAGACUAUUUUGUGACAGGAUUUUUUAAAACUUCUUUUCAAACGGAAAAGAAGUGAAUUGGCAUCCAAAUACUUCAGAUACCUGCUCCAAGAAGAUGGAAUAUCCCUUUCAGUACCAUGAACACCUGGAAAGUCUAAGGAACUCUGCAAAAACUUUAAUAGUGUGUAUAUCAAAUCUUAUUAUAACAAAUCCCUAUAUGACAAAAGAUUUGCAAACCCUGGCUGAUCCAAAUAUUUCAAAAAUAUUCAGUACAAUAGGAAAUUUGGACCAACCCCAAUUUGCCAUAUUGAGAUUUGACCUGUGGUGUUCUCUGGGCCUAAUGUUGGCUUCUGUGUUAAAGACUAAUGUUUAUCUGUGGACUUGCCAAACAGUCUUUUAUGAAGGAAAGUUGCAGUAUUAA